CAUAGGAGGAGGAAGGGGAAGUGACGCCCCCCGUCCCGGCGGCGGCGGUGACGGGCACGGCCGGGGCCAGCGGGGCUCCGUGAGGGACAGGGGCAGGGAUCGGGAGCUCACUACAGCAUGGCAGAAGCCUCUGUCUCUCCACUGAAGCACUUUGUGCUGGCCAAAAAGACCAUCACUGCCAUCUUCGACCAGCUGUUGGAGUAUGUCACUGAGGGAGCAGCGUUUGUGGAAGCCACAUACAAGAACCCAGAGCUCGAUCAUAUAGCAACAGAAGAUGAACUAGCAAAGAUACAAGCAUAUAAAAACAAGUUGGCAGUCAUUGGAGAGGUUCUCUCACGGAGACACAUGAAAGUGGCGUUUUUUGGCAGAACAAGCAGUGGGAAAAGUUCAGUCAUUAAUGCAAUGCUGUGGGACAAGGUACUUCCCAGUGGGAUUGGCCAUACAACAAACUGCUUCCUCAGUGUGGAAGGGACUGAUGGAGAUAAGGCUUAUCUUAUGACAGAAGGAUCAGAUGAAAAGAAGAGCGUCAAGACAGUCAAUCAGCUGGCUCACGCACUUCACAUGGAUAAAGAUUUGAAGGCUGGCUGUCUGGUCCAUGUCUUUUGGCCCAAGUCCAAGUGUGCCCUGCUGAGAGAUGAUCUGGUUAUAGUGGACAGUCCUGGCACAGAUGUCACUACAGAACUGGACAGCUGGAUUGACAAGUUCUGCUUAGAUGCUGAUGUGUUUGUCUUGGUUGCCAAUUCUGAAUCAACUCUCAUGAACACGGAGAAACAUUUUUUCCAUAAAGUGAACGAACGACUUUCCAAGCCAAACAUCUUCAUCCUCAAUAACAGAUGGGAUGCCUCUGCAUCAGAGCCAGAAUACAUGGAAGAUGUGCGUAGGCAGCACAUGGAGCGCUGUCUGACGUUCCUGGUCGAUGAGCUCAAAGUUAUUGAUCCUGUGGAAGCAAGGAAUCGCAUCUUUUUUGUUUCAGCAAAAGAAGUUCUGAGUGCCAGGACACAAAAGGCCCAAGGAAUGCCAGAGAGUGGUGGAGCACUUGCUGAAGGAUUUCAAACAAGGUUCCAAGAAUUUCAGCAUUUUGAGCAGAUAUUUGAGGAGUGUAUCUCGCAGUCAGCCGUGAAAACCAAGUUUGAACAGCACACUAUCAGAGCUAAACAGAUAAUAGAUACUGUGAAAAACAUUAUGGACACCAUAAACGUUGCAGCAGCAGAGAAAAGAGUCCAAUCCAUGGAAGAGCGAGAAGAUCAGAAGGACAGACUGGACUUUGUGAGAAAUCAGCUGAACAUUUUGACAGAAGACACCAAGGAAAAGAUCAAACGCGUUACUGAGGAAGUCGAAAACAAAGUCUCCUCUGCCAUGACUGAUGAGAUUUGCCGGCUUUCAGUUUUAGUUGAUGAAUUUUAUUCUGAUUUCCACCCUUCUCCUCAAGUAUUGAAGCUCUAUAAGACAGAACUGAACAAACAUAUAGAAGACGGUUUGGGAAAGAACCUGGCUGAGCGCUGCUCCAGUGAAGUCAACCAGUCAAUGCACCAGUCCCAGCAGGAGAUGAUUGAAAAUCUGAAACCGUUGUUGCCUUCUAGUGUUCAGGAUCAGCUCCACUUGCUCAUUCCAUGCAGGAAGUUUGAUCUUAGUUAUGAUCUAAACUGUCAUAGCCUGUGUGCAGAUUUUCAAGAGGAUAUCAUGUUCCACUUUUCUUUGGGAUGGACUUCUCUUGUAAACCGUUUCUUGGGUCUUAAACAAGCUCAGAAAGUACUCCAGGGAUUAGCAGAUCCAAACCUACAUAUCCCUCGUCCUUUAGCCAGCACCCCGUCUGCCACCAGCCUUCCCGCCUUAACUCCCGACAGCGUGCCCCAGGAGGAGUUCAUGGUUCCUUUGGUGUUGAGUUUAGCCUCGCUGACAUCCCGGACCUCCAUGAGCAUCAUCAUUGUUGGUGGAGUGAUUUGGAAAACCGUAGGCUGGAAACUGAUCUCAUUGUCGCUGAGCAUGUACGGGCUGCUGUACCUGUAUGAGAGGCUGACCUGGACCACCCGGGCCAAGGAGAGAGCCUUCAAGCAGCAGUUCGUGAACUACGCCACUGAGAAGCUGCAGAUGAUCGUCAGCCUCACCAGCGCCAACUGCAGCCACCAGGUGCAGCAGGAAAUGGCCACUACUUUUGCUCGGCUCUGUCAGCAAGUGGAUAUUACUGAGAAAAACCUGGAAGAAGAAAUAGCUAGGCUUUCCAAAGAAAUAGAUCAGCUGGAGAACAUACAAAGCACCUCCAAGCAGCUGAGAAAUAAAGCCAUUCACCUCGAGAACGAACUAGAUCGCUUCACAAAACAUUUUCUUCAAAAGAGUAAAUAAAACAUCAUUGUGAACCUUCCCGGUGCUCCUUUGUAGGGCAAAGUAGGAAUUUUACAGGUGACACUUCUAUUCUAUGAAAAUGAUUUAUAUUUUUAAUGUUACUCUGGUGACAGUUGUUGUAAAACUUGGACUCUGAUGGUGAACCAAACGGUAGAGCUGUGGUACUCUGGAGUGUUAUGUUCGUUUUGCAGAUUUUGGGUUAAAAAUUACCUUUAAACAUUAAAUUUUUUGGGCACUUGACAAUAAAACCCCAAAUCCUCACUGGUUUUCAUGAGUAUGCAGCAGUGGCAAGUCUCACUUCCUGGCAUCCAGGACCUCAGACAGGGAAAGAGCUUAGCCCAGUCUCCUGCUUUCAGCUGCUUAGGAAUUGUCCAGGGAUGGAGGGUGCUGGUUUUCCAUGUGGGUGUGAUUUUGUUUAGUGAAGGGAAAUACAAACUGUGGCAUGGGAAAGAACUCCUGAGAUGUUUGGAAAGCAGGUGCCAGUGUGUUGGGCAGCAGUUCCUCUUGAAAGGCGGCAAAGAUGAGGGUGAGCUGCAAUAAGGAAAUGCAUUGGGCUCAGGGCUCCUCUGGCUCCAUCCUUGAGCCAAGAGGGCACUGAUGGCAUAAAAGUGAACCUGUUUCUUGCAGUUGGUAGUAGUGAAGUGGUCCUUUGCCUGUGAGCACGUGGUUAGAACCACGGUCAGGUGCUGAGCUCAGGUGUGGCACAGCCCCAAGCUCACAGCCAGGCACUGCAGGGUGUGCUGAGACGGUCUGGGCACGGUUGGUGCAGGGUGGCUCAGGGUGCCAGGAGGGACCUGGAGCUCCUGUUGCUGCAUUCAGGGAGCAGGACAUGGUGAAACCCCAUCUCUCCCUUCCCAGCCCCUCUGCUGGAGAACAGGUCUGCUCUAGGUCACACUCCAGGCAGCUGUGAUGGAGUCCUUGACCUUUGCUCAACUACAGCAAAGCCUCUUUAACAACCUUCUGCUAUUGCUGACUGCAGUCAUUCAACAUCUACUUUUCUAACUAGACUUUUAAAAAUUAUUUUAAAAGAAAGGCCUUUUCAGAGUAUUUAUAUAUUUUUAUGGCAGUGUUAAUAUUGACUAAGUUAAAGAUUGAGCUCUAAGGUAUAGGAGUUUGCUAUUUUCAAGUAACUAAGGGCUGUCUCAUCAGGAAACAGAUGUAAGAUGUAAUGCUAGAGGCAUUAAGGGAAGACAGCAGUUCCACCAGUGUGUUCAGGUGUUUGUUCUGACUGUGCAUGGGGAGUCCUGGGGGUUUGAGGGAAAGUGAGAAACAGCCCAGCCUUGGUGUGGUGAGGGCAGAGUGUGUAUCAGUGCUCUGUUUGUGGAGCAUUUGUAUUGACAUUGUAUCAAGAUAAAACUUUCAAUGCAUGUGUUCUACAGUUAUUUAUUAAAAAAAAUCCUACCCCUGUGCUCUAGUAAGUUCUUUGGCAGCUCUGUCCCAGGUGGAGGCUGCACAUCACUCCCACAGGUAAUGCAGAUCCAGGACAGGUCCCAGCUGGUGCUGUGGGACUGCUCCAUCCCCAUCCCAGGGACACUUUCAGGCCAGGGGCUGCUCUAAUACAACACUAACAGCUGAGCCAGGCU